AUGGCAAAUUUAGAGACAUACAGACAACUUGGUGAUCGAUUUGAUGUGUCAAAAAGCAAUGCACAUGGUAUUGUCAGAAAAUUUAUUUCCAUUAUGAAAGUCCAUAAACAUAAGUUUAUAAAAUGGCCUCGGGGAAAUGCUAUACAUCAAACUCUUCAAGAUUUUAAAUACCUUAGACCAAAGGCUUUCCCUGGUGCUUUCAUGGCCUUGGAUGGAUGUCAUAUUAAAGUUCCUGUUCCCUGGAUUAAACGUACACGAAUGAGGCAUGUUGAUCAACGUUGCUAUAUCAACCGCAAACAUGUAGCUUCUGUAGUUUUACAGGGAAUAUGUGAUAGCAAUCAAAAAUUUACCAAUAUUUUUGCGGGUUGGCCUGGUGCAUCACAUGAUGCCAGGAUUUUUAGAAAAAGUAACAUAGGUGUUGCUCUAAAUGGUCCACUGCAGAAUUUAGUUCCAGAAAAUUGUUACAUUUUAGCAGAUUCUGCAUAUCCAUUAUCAAAUAAUGUAAUGGUUCCAUAUCGUGACAAUGGUGCACUAACACCUGAAAAGCAUAAUUUUAAUCGAAUCCUCAGUUCAUCUAGAGUAGUGAUUGAAUUAACAUUUGGAAAGUUGUUGGGACGAUUCAGGCGGUUUAAGUACCUUGAAGUUUACAACAAAGAUUUUUGUGGUGCUUUUAUUUCAGCCGCAUGCUGUUUGCACAACAUAUGUAUGGACCAAAAUGAUCAAAUUGACUGUACAGAUUAUACUUCUCAAAAUCAAGAAUCCAAUUUUAAUAUUUCUGAAAUAAAUCUAAACGCAACUAAUAAAAGAGAUGAAAUUUGUAAUGAAUUAUCUAGAAAUAUAUAA